AAAACACACACACACACAGUAUUUGUAAAUUAAAUAUAGUAACUACAUCGAUAUAGUGUUCACUUUAUCACUAAAUAUAGUGACUUUAUAAGCAAGAAGAAACGUAAGAUUUCUGCUGUUACGUAUACAGUAUAAUUUUAAUGGAUUCGUAAUUAAACAUAAGAUACAUCGAAAGAGGAAAGUAUGAGUACUACUGCGAAAGGUUUUACUCAAGACUUACCUCCAAAGGAAGGAUAUAGUCGUAUUCAAACAGAACGUAUCCCUUUGCGUACUGUACUUGGAGGACGUAAAGUCUUAGGUAUAUCUUUAUUCUGUACCGUUAUUGGGCAUUACGUGUAUUACACACAAUGGAAAAGAAUAAAGAGAGAAUCUGUUGAAAUGAGAAGUGCUCAAUUUGCUAUAUUACCAUUCUUAAUAGCUGAGAGAGAUCGAGGAUUAUUGAAACAAGUCAAACGCAAUUAUGCUGAUGAAAAGGAGUUGAUGAAAGAUUAUCCAGGAUGGAAAGUGGGUACAUACUUUGGGGAGCCAAUAUAUAAAACAAUACCAGAAGAUGCAUUCGUUGAGCCGGAUUCAUUUGAGUACUUUGCACAUACAGAACCAGAUGAAAUGGAUUGGAAGAGUGUACUAAGACAAAUUUACUAAAAACAGUUAUUGAUAUACUUAAAAGAUAUAGUAAUCUAUUAAAAUAGACAGUAAAUAAAAGUGUCGAGGCACUGUAUAUAACAUUA